UUCUCUACUGAUGAAGAAAUGGCGGACCCUACAGUUUGCAUUGCUGUAGAUUUGGGAAUGGAUUUCUCAGGAUACUGUUUUAAGUUUGCAGCGUCAGAACAGAUUUGGCAGCCGAAAUGGGGUGAAGAGUUUGGUUUUAACACCCCCAAAACUCCUACCUGUAUUUUGUUUGAUGAAAAUGAAAAGUUCUUAGAGUUUGGUUAUGAUGCUGUAAUGACUUACACCAGUCAGACCCAGAAAGACGAGGCAAAGAAGCUCUACCUCUUUGAAAAUGUCAAAUUGGAGCUGCAUAAAAAUGAGCUGCACAGAGAUGUUAUGCUAACUACCAAAAAUGGGAAACAAAUGACAGCUAUGACAGUGUUCUCUGAGAGCUUGAGGUUUAUGAAAGAUCACGCCCUGGAGAUGAUUGGAAAGCACACCUUUGGUGUGAAGCUCUCAGCUUCUGAUGCUACGUGGAUUUUGACGGUUCCAGCUAUUUGGAGCGCAGCAGCUAAACAGUUCAUGAGAGAAGCAGCAACAGAGGCGGGUCUGGUGACGGAAUCUGAGCCUGACAGACUGAUCAUAGUUCUGGAACAUGAAGCUGCAUCUAUGUGGUGUAAACAGUUGACACACAAACAGUUUAUGGAAGAAGAUCUUACAGAAGCAGAGGCAAUAAAGGAAGUUCCAGGAACUCAGUACAUGGUAGUGGACUGUGGAGGUGUGAACAUCAACAUUACUGUUCAUGAGGUGAUGGAGGGGGGUCAUCUAAAGGAGUUGAACUGGGCAACAAAAACAUUUGAGGAUGGUAAACCAGUAGACAAACACUUCAGGGAGUACCUCAGAGAGACAUUUUAUGAGAAAAUGUAUGAUGCGUUGGAAGAAAAACAUUGCAGUGAUCUUCAGAAGUUAAUGUACGACUAUAAUGGAGAUAUGAAAUUUCCAUUUCAUUUAGAACAGCUAGUCAGGAAAGUUGCAGAUAAAGGAGCCGGCAGUAGGGGAAGUGCUGAAACACAAAGCAGAAUCCUUCAGAUAGGAGAUAAGCUAAAAUUACUACAUGACAAAAGGAUCAGAAUCAUAGAAAGCCUGAUUAGAGAAAUAUUGAAAGACUGCAAACUAAACAUCAGCUACAUCUUCUUAGUUGGAGGCUUUGCUCUGAGUCCGUACAUGAACAGUUUACUCAGAGAGAAGUUUGGGGGGCAGUGUAAGGUGGUCUGCCCUGUUGAUGCUCAGAUGGCUGUUCUGAGAGGAGCCGUUACAUUUGGCAUGAUUCCAAAUGUGGUGGAAUCACGGAUCAGUCGUAACAGUUAUGGAAUUAGAAUUAUGGAGGUGUUUAAUGAGACCAAACACGAGGGCAAGCGGAAAUAUGUGGCAAAGGAAGGAAAAGUGUACUGUGAUGUUUGCUUCCGCUGUUUUGUACAGAAGGAUGAAUCUGUCCUCUUUGAUGAAGUCAGAGAGUUCAACUUUAAUCCAAUUGAGAGAGACCAAAAACUUGUGCAGUUCGAUUUGUACUGCACUGAGAACAAAUCUGCUAGGUUUGUAGAUGAGUGGGGAAUGGUGAAGAUUGGGUCUUUAGCAGUCUCAAUGCCAGUGAUCAAAUCAGGCAGUCCUCGAACACUAAAACUUCAGGUGAAGGUUGGUUGCCCUGAGAUGCAGGCGACUGUCAUUGAUGUUAAUACUGGUGAGAUCGGUUCAGUCAAACUGGACCUCAUGUCCAAAUAAUUACUCUGAUCCAGAAAUGUGCAGCUUUUGCUUUACACAUUGUACUAUGGAUGAACUUCAGAUUAUUUCUAAAAAUCAAAUCUAGCUGAGCACGAAUUUAUCAUUGUUUAUGAUAAAUCUGACUA